UGAUCGAUGCAACGGUAUCAUCAGUCACCUCGGUGUGUUCUACCAGCCAACAUCCUAUCAAACGAAACAAUCAACCAACAACCAAAACCGUUAUCAACAAUGAACUUCAACAAGAUCUUCAUCUUUGUCGUACUGGCGGUGCUGCUGCUCUGUAGUCAGACGGAGGCGGGACGCUUGAAGAAGCUGGGAAAGAAAAUUGAAGGAGCCGGCAAACGUGUGUUCAAGGCGGCCGAGAAGGCUCUACCGGUGGUGGCAGGUGUCAAAGCACUUGGCUAGAGAGAGAGAGUGCAGGCGAAUGCUUUUUAGAACAUAAGACGACGUCUCUGAUAAUGGUGACUACCUGUGAACGCAUCCUGUGAAGAUAAGAGAAGAAAAUGGCUUUAAUAAAUUAACAUAUUAAUCAGAUCACAAAA